GGAGCCAGGCGAGGGGGCGGCAGAUGCAUCGGCGGCAGGAACCAGGAGGACUAGUCGGAGGCUGUGUGGGAGGAGGAAGGCGGGAGGGUCCAAUCCUGUGCAUUAGGAGCUGCAGCGGGGGCGGGCCGAGGAGGGGCAGGCACCCGGCUGCAGCGCCUGCAAUUGGCAGGAGCCUUCCUGUGAACCGAGAGCGACAGUCCCCCGGCUCUUCUUCCGUGGCUGCUUCGAGCCGGAGGGGCGGUGCCAGAGACCAGCGCCGCUGCCGGCAACGUUGCCGCUGCUUCUCCGCACCCUAAAGGCGGAUCAGAGUCGUGGCUUCUGGCUGGGCCCUUUGGCGAAAGCGGGAGGCGAGCAGCAGCCAGAGGCAGCCGCACAGCAUUCUGGCAGGUGAGAGUUGGGAGAGGAACUAUGAGGGGAAACAAAGCAGAGGAUUUAUGGGUCGUGCCAGAUGAAAUAAAAGGGAGCACAGACUAAAAUCUGGAGCCAAAAAGAAGAAGUCCAAAAAAUAAUGCAAAAAGUAAGAGAAAGGAGCCUGUGCCUUCUGCGUAGAAUCGGAGAGGAAAAUGAAAGCGGGUGAGAAAUUAUAUGACUGUUUGGACUGUGGGAAGUUCUUCAGCAAGAGAGAAAAUCUUAUUAUGCACCACAGAAUCCACACUGGGGAGAAACCAUAUGAAUGUUUGGUGUGUGGAAAGAGCUUUCGGAGGCGUGGAAUUCUUACUGCACACCACAAAAUCCACACUGGGGAGAAACCACACAAAUGCAUGGAGUGUGGAAAGAGCUUCAGCACGAGUACAAGUCUUAAUAAUCAUCAUAGAAUCCACACUGGGGAGAAACCACACAAAUGCUUGGACUGCGGAAAGAGCUUCAGGACGAGAGGAAAUCUUAUUAAACACCACAAAAUCCACACUGGGGAGAAACCACACAAAUGCAUGGAGUGUGGAAAGAGCUUCAGCACGAGUGCAAGUCUUAAUAAUCAUCAUAGUAUCCACACUGGGGAGAAACCACACAAAUGCUUGGAGUGUGGAAAGAGCUUCAGAACGAGUUUUGGGCUUAGUAAACAUCAUAGAAUCCAUACUGGGGAGAAACCACACAAAUGCAUGGAGUGUGGAAAGAGCUUCAGCACGAGUGGAGUUCUUAAUAAUCAUCAUAGAAUCCACACUGGGGAGAAACCACACAAAUGCUUGGAGUGUGGAAAGUGCUUCAGCACAAGAGUAGCUCUUACUACACACCACAAAACCCACACUGGGGAGAAACCACACAAAUGCUUGGAGUGUGGAAAGUGCUUCAGCACGAGUGGCGCUCUUACUACACACCACAAAAUCCACACUGGGGAGAAGCCACAUAGAUGCUUGGAGUGUGGAAAGAGCUUCAGCACAAGUGGAGUUCUUAAUAAACAUCAUAGAAUCCACACUGGGGAGAAACCACACAAAUGCAUGGAGUGUGGAAAGAGCUUCAGCACAAGUACAAUUCUUAAUAAUCAUCAUAGAAUCCACACUGGGGAGAAACCACACAAAUGUUUGGAGUGUGGAAAGUGCUUCAGCACGAGAGGAGCUCUUAUUACACACCACAAAACCCACACUGGGGAGAAGCCACAUGAAUGCUUUGAAUGUGGAAAGAGCUUCUGCACGAGUAGCGGGCUUAAUAAACAUCAUAGAAUCCACACUGGGGAGAAACCACACAAAUGCAUGGAGUGUGGAAAGUGCUUCAGCACGAGAGGAGCUCUUAUUACACACCACAAAACCCACACUGGGGAGAAGCCACAUGAAUGCUUUGAGUGUGGAAAGAGCUUCAGCACGAGUAGCGGGCUUAAUAAACAUCAUAGAAUCCACACUGGGGAGAAACCACACAAAUGCAUGGAGUGUAGAAAGAGCUUCAGCACGAGUGCAAGUCUUAAUAAUCAUCAUAGAAUCCACACUGGGGAGAAACCACACAAAUGCUUGGAGUGUGGAAAGUGCUUCAGCACGAGAGUAGCUCUUACUGCACACCAAAAAACCCACACUGGGGAGAAGCCACAUGAAUGCUUUGAGUGUGGAAAGAGCUUCAGCAUGAGAGGAGAUCUUAAUAAACAUCAUAGAAUCCACACUGGGGAGAAACCACACAAAUGCAUGGAGUGUAGAAAGAGCUUCAGCACGAGUGCAAGUCUUAAUAAUCAUCAUAGAAUCCACACUGGGGAGAAACCACACAAAUGCAUGGAGUGUGGAAAGUGCUUCAGCACGAGAGGAGCUCUUAUUACACACCACAAAACCCACACUGGGGAGAAGCCACAUGAAUGCUUUGAAUGUGGAAAGAGCUUCUGCACGAGUAGCGGGCUUAAUAAACAUCAUAGAAUCCACACUGGGGAGAAACCACACAAAUGCAUGGAGUGUAGAAAGAGCUUCAGCACGAGUGCAAGUCUUAAUAAUCAUCAUAGAAUCCACACUGGGGAGAAACCACACAAAUGCUUGGAGUGUGGAAAGUGCUUCAGCACGAGAGUAGCUCUUACUGCACACCAAAAAACCCACACUGGGGAGAAACCUAUUGUUAACCACCCAGAGACAAAAGUUUGGGCUGGUAUACAAAUUUGAUAAAUAAAAAAUAAACAAACCUCACAAUUACUGAGAUUAUGGAAAGACCUUCAGCAGGAGUGGAUAACUUACUGGACACCUCCUAGCCCUCACUGGGAAGAAACCACACAAAUGUUUUAUCGUGUGGAAAGAGCUUCAGGAACAGGGGAGCCCUUACUAUACACUAAUGAACCCACACUGGAAGAAGGAGGCUCACCUCACUGCACAUGCAUACAUUCAAACAGGGUAGGAAUCAUACACAGAAACUGCAGAGAAGCCUGCAGAUAUCCCUCAUUUUGUGAAAGAUAAACCCUUGUGAGAUUUCUGCUAAUUUGUUUUGCUUCCCUCGGGAAUAUUCAUAAUUUUGUGUCUGUUUUGAAGAAAUGUGCAUAGUUCCUUCAAAGUGAUCAAUGAAUAUUAGUUUUUCUCAG